AUGUCCCAAUCCGUUGAUUCUACGGCGUCCCCUAUAGACUCGAGUCCUCUCUUCUCGCCCCUUAAGGAAAGCGCACAACUUGCAAGGGCACCUCUCUGCAUCUUUGAUCAAGUGACCCGAUUUCUGCCCCAAGGAGAUGAGAACCACUCGUUCUGGUGGAAGACGACUGGGCGCCAUUUUGCCCUGAUGAUGUAUGAAGCCUGUUACCCGGAGUCCCGACAGGUAGAACUACUGCUUUUCUACCGCUUUGUGGUUGUACCGCGACUGGGUCUCAAGCCCACAUCCUCGAACCCAAAUUUCCAUAGUCGCGUAGCGCCAGGGAUUGGCGAUGGUUCACCGAUCGGAUACAGCUGGCGCUGGGGUACGGGGCCCGGCAGCAAGCCGUUAAUCCGCCAUUACGUCGAGGCGAUGGGCCCAUUGACAGGGACAACGGCAGACCCUCUGCAUGAGUACGCAGCUAAGGAGAUGCUGAACCAUCUGUCCGAGAUCCUCUCCGGGGUUGAACUGCCACUGGCAUGGAGGUUUGCCGCCCACCUGCGGCCAGUGUUGACGGAUGAACCCACACGGCAGGCGGCGGGCUCAUCGAUGCUAGUGGGAUUGCAGUGUGCACCAGACUCUCACACCAUCGAAGUUAUGGCAGGCCUCAUGACCCGGGCGCCAUCGCAGGUCCCGCAACUGCUGAAUACUAUUUUUCCACAAGCGCUAUGCGAUGCUUACGGCGCCACCGCCUCGCUGGAUGGCCUCAACAUGGUGCGUGACUUCCUUGAGAACGAUCUGCAUGGCCGACAUCUCACUAUCCUUGGCACCACCGCGAUUGACUGCUGCGCUGCUGCUACUUCGCGCUUUAAGGUAUACGUAACCACAGACACCCUUGCCUUCAACCACUUCGCAGCCGUCAUGGCUCUCGGGGGGCGGAAGCCGGAAUCACCUCAGUCCCUAGCGCAACUGAAGGAACUUUGGUAUGGGAUUAAGGGUCUGGCGGCUGACUACCCAACCGAGUUGGAGCCUCCCCUUAGCAAUAUCAAUGAUGUGGGCCUGAGUGACGCCUACAACAGCAGCAAUAACAAGAAUGUCAACACUAGUGGCGUAACCUUUUACUUUGACAUCCAUCCCAAGUACCCUUUCCCCCACGUCAAGAUGCAAGUAGAUGUUAGCAGGCAUUCGAAGAGCGAUCUGGAUGCCAUCCAGGCUAUGAUAGGCUUUCUGAAGCGUCGUGGCCAGGGGGAGGAUGGGCAGGCUUAUCUCAACGUGGUCCAUGGUAUGGUGUCGGAGAACGAGCUACGCACUUGUCGAGGUCUGCAAGCGUUCUUUGCAUUUGCCUUCAAGGACGGUGAGUUAGAUAUCACAUCCUACUUUUUGCCGCAGUGUUACCGGCGGUUUGGACAGAUACAGGCUGAGCUGUCGCCAGCGCUAUCGCCCAGAUCCCAGCGGCGGAGUCGGUUUGAUUCGUAUUGA